ACUUAAGCCUCCCCAGCGCCAUCGAAACUUCUCGAGAAAAUCUGACAUUAACUCACAUCGUUUUACUUUUGAAUCGACGAUGCUGAGCUAGACAGGUAUUGACUGUCUACCCUGAGAAGUCAUAGAGUUAUGUUGGUCCAGUCCAUUGGAGUCUCCAGAGCAGUAGCUAAUAGCAUGCUCUCUGAAGUUGUGAUUGUGCAGCAGCCUGUGUCUGUGUGUGUGCCACCCAAUUAUGCGGCUCUCCUGAGCGUUCAAGCAACAGGCCCUGGUCCUUUGAAGUACCAGUGGUUCAACGGGGCACAAGAGGAGGUUGCUGAUGGGACGAGACCUGAACUCACUGUUAGAACCCAGAAUUCCCAGACUUUCAUCUGCCGAGUGAGUGACCAGUACCAAAACUGGGUCUUCAGCAAAUGGGUCAAAGUGAAAGUCAUAUCUGCUGCUGGACAAGGUGUCUGUGGAACAUGGAGUGGGGAGCCCCAUAUUGUAGUCCACCCUGUAUCGCAGACUGUUCGGCAGGGGGACAGGUUAGUCCUGAGGUGCUCAGCAUUUGGUAUGCCUGCCCCACAGUACCAGUGGUACAGAAAUGGCCAAAUCUUACAACAAGAGACCUCAGACUCAGUUGAGAUAAAAAACGUGAACGCUGACAAUGCUGGAUCAUAUCUCUGUGCCGUGUCUAACAAACUGGAGGAGAGGUGGUCGGAGGCAGCGGACAUAGAGAUUGUUCCCCCUGCUCAAUCUCUGGCAGCACCUCUCAUGGCUUCUGAUAAGGUGGCUCUGCUCAUUGGCAAUCUCAAUUAUGCCCAACAUCCUGGUCUCAUGGCCCCCACCAUGGACGUCCACCAGCUUUCGAACCUGUUGCAGCAGCUGGGUUUCCGAGUGGUCUCUUUGCUGGACCUGACCCUUGAUGAGAUGCAUGCUGCCAUUGACAAGUUCUUACAACUUCUAGACAGAGGAGUGUAUGCUGUGUUCUAUUAUGCUGGGCAUGGAUAUGAACAUGCAGGCCGGAAUUACUUGGUGGCAGUCGAUGCUCCAAGACCCUACUGUAAGGAAAACUGUGUGUGUGUGCAGCGAGUAAUGCGUAAAAUGCAAGAAAGACAAGCCACGCUUAAUGUUAUUCUACUAGACACCUGCAGAAAAUGGUACCAUCAAAACUCUCCCCCUUCUGUGAUAACACCUGUUGCUCCUUUGGGUAACACCGUAUACGGAUAUGCAACGAGUGAAGAUGCUGAAGCUUUUGAAGUGCAAGAUGGUGGAAAAAGCACAGGGAUCUUCACCAAGUACCUGAACACACACAUAUUGGAGCCUAAAAAAGUCACCCACGUCUUGGAGCAGGUGUCUGAGGAUCUGGGAAAGGAUCUGAUGGUGUGUGGGAGGCAGGUGGUGGAGAUCAAACAUACACUGAAGGAGCCCAGGUCCCUAGCUGACCCCGUCAGGACUGUGGGACACACGCAAGAGCUGCGAAUACGCGAUGCCUGCUGGAAACAGGCGAAUGUUUUGCCUGGUCGGAAGCUGGUCGAAUUUUCAUGUGGUGCUCAAGUGGAGCUGAGCUUCUCUGCCUUGUUUUCCAACGUCAUGGUGGUGUUUGGCAAGGUGAAAAGCAUGGGACCUGUAGCCGUGGACUGCACCGUGUGUCUGAGGAGCACACCUGUCCUAGAGGACAUUUUCUCGCGUGCGGACAUUUCAGAUGAAAUGGACUCGUUGUUGUUAAACAAAUCUGCUAAUCCUGAUUGCAGUCUUAGGCUGUGUUGCCUGCAGAAACUGAACAAAUCGUUGGUGAUUAAAGUGGACCUUCACUAUACCCACAAGGACACCAGGUUACGUGUGGUAGAAUCGAAGGAACUGGAUAUAGGCAAGCCUCUGGUGGCCUCCUGCAAGUUCGGCCAGAGGAAGAAGCAGGUGGACGGGAUACGGUGGCCUCGUCACCAGACAGCGGACCAAAUUUCUCAUUACAAACAACAACCCUUCCAACAGCCACAUGGCCAACCAUGUCGACCCUCCACCAGAAAAGCAGAUAACGUCUGGGAGAGCGUGCCCAAGGCUGCUUCUGUAAGCAGCAACGAACCUGAAGAGAAUGAUGAGAACGAGUCUCUCGAUUUCACUCUGUGACGUUCCGUACAUCUCACGGGAAAGAGCAUCACUUGACUGAUGCAUCAAAUGAUUACAAUAAUCCGUAAUGCUAGACUCACGCACUGUUGUUGAGCUCUGUCUUUAAGUAUGAAUUGUUUUAAAUGAUCAAUGACGUGCAAUGACCGAAUCAAAACGACGUUUUUGUGCGCACCUCAUAAAUGUGGUGGGAUUAUGAAUCCCUACAGUAACCCUAACAGUUUCAAAGGAAAAUCAGUUCUCAUUUCUGAAAAGAAAACUCAAUAGCCUAUUUCAUGACAACAGGUCACUAAAACACGAACCAGGCAUUAUUUAUUCUGAAUCGCUUUUGUACAAUUAUUCGUAAUUUAUCAUGUUUUAACCUACUUGGUGUAAAUGUAAAUUUUUGGUCUAAUGCUACACUUUAACACACUUUAAUAAAUUAACUGUAUAUUUUGACUUACGUGAGCGA